AAUCAGUCAUUUUUUCACUGGCCAUGGAUGAAAGGUCCACUAGUGUAGCCUGUGUAGGAGUAGGAGGGUGGUAUCCACUCAGUGUAACUCACCAGAACCGAACCGAGUUCAAAUACCAACUCAGAUCGGGAUUUUGCCCAAUUUUAGUACCUUUUUAUAUCACGAAGAUUCAAAAUUCUGGAUAAGUUAGACGGGUAACAAAUUCAUUUCUCUCCGGCGAAUGGAUUCCCGCUCUGAAGUAAAAUCUUCUACUCCUGAGAAAGAGUGGGGAGAAAGGAUUUCUAAGAAAGUAAUUUCUCUCUAUAAUUCACUCCCUAAGAAAGGAAAACCUCAAGGUCGAGAAAUCACUGUUCUUGCUGCAUUUCUCAUCUCUUCUCCCUCCGAAGAUAUUGAAGUUGUUUCAUUAGGUACUGGAACUAAAUGUCUUGGAAAGUCACUCUUGAGUCCAAGAGGUGACCUAGUUAAUGACUCUCACGCUGAGGUUAUCGCUCGCAGAUCGCUAAUUAGGUUUUUCUAUGGAGAGGUUGAAAGACUUAGUAAAAUUCAUUAUAAGCGUAGAUGUAAUAACGAGAGCAAAGAGUUGUUACAAGAGGAUGAUGAUAAUGUGGUGGAGAAUACAUUUUUCGAGUUGGAUUCUGAUUGUGAGGGGAAAUUUAGAAUGAGACUGGGUUGGAAAUUACAUUUGUAUGUUUCGCAAUUGCCAUGUGGGGAUGCGUCCAACACUUGUCCAGUACUUCAGGAAAGAGAACCGAUACAAACAAGUGGGGAUUUGUCAACAUCUACGCCCGUAAAUGUGGGUUCUGUAUACGAGUCUGUAGAUGAAUCUGAUGGAAGUAACUGUAAUGGAGGUUCCGUUCAAGUCAUUGGGAUGGUUCAGAGGAAGCCUGGUCGUGGUGAUACAACUUUGUCGAUGAGUUGCUCUGAUAAAAUAGCUCGUUGGAAUGUACUGGGCGUGCAAGGGGCUCUGCUAUCUUACUUUCUUCUACCAGUAUAUAUAUCAUCUAUUACUGUCGGACUGCCCCCUAGCAAUACUUCUGCCGAUCCUUUGAUGAAUCAUUUGAGAAGAGCUCUUUCUGAUCGCGUUCUCCCACUAUCUGACAAGCUAACAAGUCCAUUUCGAGUAAACAAGCCAUUAUAUUUUGAGGCUCCAGUACCACCAAAUGAGUUUCAGCCAUCAGAGACUGCAAAAGUGACUUUAACUUGCAGUUAUUCUAUUUGCUGGAACAAAUCUCAGUUUCAUCAGGUUGUUCUUGGAACCACCGGUAGAAAGCAAGGCACCUCCAUCAAAACAUCUUUGUCUCCGUCUACCCAGUCUCCUUUAUGCAAGAGGCGACUACUGGAACUUUUCUUGUCAAUUAAACGUGAAUACUGCUCGGAAUUUCAAGCUGAUGAUAUCUCUUAUAAAGCACUGAAGGCAGGAGCACGAGACUACGGAUCAACAUUGAAGAUUUUCAAACAGUACCCGCCUUUCAGCUAUUGGUUUCAAAAACCUUUUGAUCUCGAGGAGUUUCCGGUUUUGAGUUAGUGAGAUGGUGCAGAAAGUGAGCAACCCACCACAGAGCACAAACAAAGGCCGUGAGAUGUCAGGCGCCUAUAUGCAACCUUAGUCAUAUAUUCUCUUGAAAGAGAACGGGAGUAAAAGAGUUUUGAAGCCAUUGGAGGUCUUAAUAUCAUAAGCUGCAGGUUGGAAAAAAGUUUCAUCUCGUAAGCCCCGACUGUACCUAAAAUCUAAUGUCUGUCCUUUUUUAAGAACCCUUUUUUCAUGUCCAGUACUUUUUAGACUUAAUGCUUAUUCAAAUGAUGUCAUUUGUUUGUGUUUAUUUAUUCGUCUGCUUAUGCUCCACUUCAUGUGAACCGAAUAUCUGUUGGUGGCAUUUUAUUUCUCUAUGCCAUUUGAUAUCAAUGACCUCACCCAACUUAUCCAAACAGAUUCAGUAAUUUUUUCUGUCUUAGAUGGUAUCAGAAAACUAAAAGAAUGACAUAAUUAGCUCUAAUGUGUGCAGCUGUAUGUAAUCGCAUUUGUGUAAUGUGCAUAAGACAAUCUCUUACUUGUUAUGGUUGAGUUGGAUAUCAACCUAAAAUAUGGUUCCUGCUGCCUUACUGGUGUAAUUUGUUCAUAUAGAUUCGAAAUAACCAGUUUGAUGAUCCAUGGCUAGUGUGAAUCUGUAUUUAUAAGUUGAGAAAAAUUGGAAUUGGAUAGAAAAUGCUGUUUUGUUUCAGUGCAGAAAAAAUCCAAAUUUUGUAAAGCUGUCAUAAUGUAGAUUCAU